AAGGAGGAGCCCAAGAAGGAGGAGGUUACCCCCGCUGAGGAGGGUGUCCUUGGUUACAAGGCCCCCGGUCUGGUCAAGUAAGGCGCCAAUUGUCGCAUUGUGAGGUUCGCAUGCAGUGACUAAUCAUGGGUUAUCACAACAGGGGUCUGCGUUUUGCUAAGCGCUUCUUCUACUUCCACGAUGACGCUGUCGAGGCCAAGCAGCUGUCCGCCUUCCACCAGAACGAGAAGCCUGCUGUCGCCAACCCCAUCGCUGCUUGGGCUAGCCAGACCGGCAAGGGUCUCCUUUUCUUGACCAAGCGCGCCGAGGACAAGGCUACCCCGGCUGGUAUCUUCAACCUGGUCAGUACUUGGAAAUAGGUAAUUUGAGAUAAGUGAGUGGUGAUGCUGACUGAGUUCACAGUCGGAGGUCUCCGAUAUCGCCAAGGAGGGUGCCAACGAGUUCCACUUCAAGGUCAACGGCAACAAGCACACCUUCCAGGCUGCCAGCGGCGCUGAGCGUGACGGCUGGGUGCUCGCUCUCGAGACCAAGGCUGCCGAGGCCAAGGCCGAGAAGGAGACUAUCGUCGCCAGCGAGGGCUACAAGGCCGAGGUUCUUUAGACAAGCCUGCUGUUGCUGAGCCCGUCAAGAAGGCUG